CGUGAUUCGGAUAUUCUAGAUUUACCUCCCGAAAUCCAGAAUGCACCCUGUCAUCUCAUCUGGAGUUUUUCCAUCUACCAACCGGCUCUUCUUCAUCGAUACAGGCAAAAGCUCUGGCCAGACGAUCAAUGCUUCUAUAGAACUGAUCAUCCGAUCAUUUCCCAGCGCUCUCCUGACACUAAACACAUCUCAACUGAAUCGAGCGGGCACCGCACAAAUGCCGCAGCGGUGGACCAAAAGCCAUCAGCACAGACACACUGGAUCCAAAUUUGCAAAUGGCUCUUUUCUCAGAGAUUACGCAGAAUUGCCACCGGGCGUUAUCCGCUCACUCGACACAGUAAGUAA